CACGGGGCGCGCUACGAUCUUCAACCCGAUCCCAAACCUCUGACUGAAUAUUUCGGUGUGUGUCCGGCAGACGUGUUAAAAAUUCCUGAGUAACUCACAAAACGUCCGCGCGUGUUUCUCUGUGUGGUAAAAAAAAAAAUUAUAUUUACACACUCAAAAAAAUUCUUUGAAUCAAAUUGCAAAAAUUUAUUGGAAUCACACGAAUUUUAUUUCCAAGUGUGUAAUAUUUCAAAACAAGAGAAAAUUUAUCCGAAAAAAGAAAAUAACAGUGAAUUCAGUGAAGGGAAUAAAAUAAGAAAAAGCAACAUGUCCGACCGAAAAGCAGUGAUUAAAAAUGCCGAUAUGUCUGAGGAGAUGCAACAAGACGCGGUAGACUGUGCGACUCAAGCAUUGGAAAAAUAUAACAUUGAGAAGGAUAUCGCCGCGUUUAUUAAAAAGGAGUUCGACAAGAAAUACAAUCCCACGUGGCACUGUAUCGUCGGACGGAAUUUUGGCAGUUAUGUAACGCAUGAGACCAGACAUUUUAUCUACUUCUACCUAGGCCAGGUAGCCAUUCUUCUCUUCAAAAGCGGAUAAAUCGUUUUUCUUUUUUCCUAAUCACUGUAACUGUCCACUUCUUUUUAAAAUCCCUUCCAUUCCUUCCCUGUCUCUCUCUCUUUCUCUAUCUCUCUCUCUCUCUCUCUUAUUUUUCUUCUCCAAAAUCUCCCAGAAAAAUAAAGUAACAAACUUUCUUUACCAUGCCAUCUUCUAUAUAUGAAAUAAAUUACGUUAUGUGAAUGCAA